UAUUAUCAUUCUUCUUCUUCUUCUUCUUUCUUUCUCUCACGUUCUAUUCUAGUUCAUUCUUCUUCUUCUUGUUGUUUUGUUUGAGUACAAGUUUUGGCCAAAAUGAGAGCGCUAAGUAACCAGGAUGAUGAUAAGAUUACUAAGGAAAAGGAAGAAGAAGAGAAGAAGCCGAACAGAGUUUCGUUGCUAAAACUAUUUACAUUUGCAGAUUUUUACGACUGUGUGUUAAUGGUUUUGGGAUCAAUUGGUGCAAUUAUUCACGGGGUUUCAGUUCCUGUUUUCUUUAUAUAUUUCGGGAAACUGAUCAAUAUUAUUGGAUUGGCUUAUCUUGCCCCCAAAGCAGCUUCUCACAAAGUUGCAAAGUACUCGUUGGAUUUUGUAUAUCUCAGUGUGGCAAUUAUGUUUUCAUCAUGGCUAGAGGUGGCUUGCUGGAUGUACACCGGAGAGCGGCAGGCAGCGAAAAUGAGGAUGGCGUAUUUAAGGUCAAUGUUAAGUCAAGAUAUAAGUUUAUUUGAUACUGAGGCUUCAACAGGAGAAGUAAUUUCUGCAAUUACAAGUGACAUUAUCAUUGUUCAAGAUGCACUUUCUGAGAAGGUGGGGAACUUCAUGCACUAUAUAAGCCGUUUUCUGGGAGGCUUCAUUAUAGGUUUUACUAGCGUAUGGCAAAUCAGUCUGGUCACACUUUCUAUCGUCCCCUUGAUUGCGCUUGCUGGUGGCAUCUACGCUUAUAUUGCCACCGGCCUCAUCGCCCGCGUCCGAAAAGCUUAUGUAAAAGCCGGUGAAAUCGCUGAAGAGGUAAUUGGGAAUGUGAGAACUGUGCAAGCGUUUGCCGGAGAAGAUAAGGCAGUGAAAUUGUAUAAAGAAGCUCUGUCAAAUACUUACAAGUAUGGAAGAAAAGCAGGAUUAGCUAAAGGCCUCGGACUCGGCUCCAUGCAUUGUGUUCUUUUUCUUUCCUGGUCGUUACUUGUUUGGUUCGUUAGCAUUGUUGUUCACAAACGCAUUGCCAAUGGCGGAGAAUCCUUCACCACCAUGCUCAAUGUUGUUAUCUCUGGCCUGUCAUUAGGCCAGGCAGCGCCUGACAUUGUUGCAUUUGUGCGAGCAACGGCGGCUGCCUAUCCGAUUUUUAAGAUGAUAGAGAGGGACACAGUGAGCAAAGCCAGCUCCAAAACCGGCCGGAAGCAAGACAAAUUGUAUGGUCACAUUCAAUUCAAGGAUGUGUCAUUCAGUUAUCCAUCUCGCCCUGAUGUAGUUAUUUUCAAUAAGUUUAAUCUUGACAUUCCUGCUGGGAAGAUUAUAGCUCUUGUGGGAGGAAGUGGUUCAGGAAAGAGCACAGUUAUAUCUUUGAUAGAACGUUUCUAUGAGCCUCUUUCUGGAGAAAUACUAUUAGAUGGACACAAUAUUAGGGACCUUGACCUCAGGUGGCUCAGGCAGCAAAUUGGAUUGGUUAAUCAAGAGCCAGCACUUUUUGCAACAACCAUCAGGGAGAACAUUCUCUAUGGAAAAGAUGAUGCCACACUUGAAGAUAUUACCCGCGCCGCCAAACUUUCAGAGGCUAUAACUUUCAUUAACAAUCUCCCUGACAGAUUUGAAACUCAGGUUGGAGAGAGGGGAAUACAAUUAUCCGGAGGACAAAAGCAAAGGAUUGCGAUAUCGCGAGCGAUAGUUAAGAAUCCAUCAAUUCUUUUACUAGAUGAAGCAACAAGUGCGCUUGAUGCAGAGUCUGAGAAGAGUGUGCAGGAGGCACUUGAUCGCGUGAUGGUGGGAAGAACAACAGUUGUGGUUGCUCACAGGCUUUCCACCGUUAGAAAUGCAGAUGUUAUAGCGGUUGUCAAUGGAGGGAAGAUUGUGGAAACAGGAAGCCAUGAAGAGCUAAUUUCAGAUCCCAACAGCGCAUAUGCUGCACUUGUUCAACUUCAAAGCUCUGAAGCUUUGCAAAGCCAUCCCUCGCAAGGUCCUUCCAUGAGUAGGCCACUGAGCAUCAAGUAUUCAAGAGAACUAUCUCGAACUACAACAAGCUUUGGGGCGAGUUUUCGUUCUGAAAAGGAAUCAGUACUAGCUGGUGUUGAAGGAAUGGAUACUGUAAAAUCACAGCAUGUUUCAGCUAAAAGAUUGUAUUCAAUGGUGCGACCAGACUGGAUGUAUGGGGUGGUUGGCACCAUUGGUGCACUGAUUGCCGGAGCUCAAAUGCCUCUUUUCGCUCUUGGUGUCUCCCAAGCUCUUGUAUCUUAUUACAUGGACUGGGAUACAACAUGUCGCGAGGUUAAGAAGAUUACAAUCCUCUUCAUCUGUGGUGCAGUUGUUACAGUCAUUGUUCAUGCCAUUGAGCAUCUCUGUUUUGGUAUCAUGGGAGAGAGACUUACUCUUCGAGUGCGCGAAAUGAUGUUUUCUGCAAUUUUGAGGAAUGAAAUUGGAUGGUUUGAUGAUAUAAACAACUCAAGUUCUAUCCUUGCAUCACGUCUAGAAAGUGAAGCGAGUUUGUUAAGAACAAUAGUUGUUGAUCGCUCAUCAAUUCUGUUACAGAAUGUGGGUUUGGUUGUCGCCUCAUUUAUCAUUGCCUUCAUCUUAAACUGGAGGCUCACACUGGUUGUCAUAGCCACAUAUCCAUUGAUCAUCAGUGGCCACAUCAGUGAGAAAAUCUUCAUGCAAGGAUAUGGGGGCAACUUGAGCAAAGCAUAUUUAAAAGCUAAUAUGCUUGCUGGUGAGGCUGUGAGUAACAUCCGUACUGUUGCUGCCUUUUGCUCUGAAGAGAAGGUCCUCGAUCUUUAUGCCCGAGAACUCGUGGAGCCUUCCCGCCGGUCAUUUACUCGUGGUCAGAUUGCUGGCUUAUUCUAUGGCAUUUCCCAGUUCUUCAUCUUCUCAGCCUAUGGCCUCGCCUUAUGGUAUGGUUCUGUUUUAAUGGGGAAGGAGCUCGCUAGUUUUAAAUCUGUGAUGAAAUCAUUUAUGGUUUUGAUUGUAACGGCUUUAGCCAUGGGUGAAACUUUGGCUUUGGUCCCAGACUUAUUAAAAGGAAACCAAAUGGUGGCAUCAGUCUUCGAAGUGAUGGACCGGAAGACACAGGUAGUUGGGGACAAGGGUGAAGAGCUAACCAAUGUAGAGGGUACAAUUGAGCUAAGAGGCGUCCACUUCAGCUACCCUUCAAGGCCUGAUGUUGUGAUCUUCAAAGACUUUGAUCUGAAAGUACACGCAGGCAAGAGUAUGGCAUUAGUCGGACAAAGUGGAUCCGGUAAAAGCACUGUCAUUUCUCUUAUUCUUCGAUUUUACGACCCAACAGCCGGAAAGGUGAUGAUUGAUGGCAUUGAUAUCAGAAAACUCAAUCUCAAGUCUUUGAGGAAACACAUUGCGCUUGUUCAACAAGAACCUGCUCUUUUUGCUACAUCAAUCUAUGAGAACAUCCUUUAUGGGAAAGAAGGAGCCACUGAAGCAGAAGUGAUUGAAGCAGCUAAACUCGCUAAUGCGCAUACUUUCAUUAGUGCGCUUCCUGAAGGAUACUCAACCAAAGUAGGCGAAAGAGGGGUUCAACUAUCUGGUGGCCAAAAGCAAAGAGUAGCCAUUGCACGAGCUGUUCUAAAGAACCCAGAAAUUCUGCUAUUAGAUGAAGCAACCAGUGCGCUUGACUUGGAGUCAGAACGCGUUGUGCAGCAAGCUCUAGAGAGAUUGAUGCAGAACCGAACAACAGUCAUUGUGGCACAUAGGCUUUCUACCAUAAAAAAUGCUGAUCAAAUAUCUGUUCUUCAAAAUGGGAAGAUAAUAGAGAAAGGGACUCAUUCAAGUCUCAUAGAGAACAAAGAUGGAGCAUACUUUAAGCUGAUCAACCUUCAGCAACAGCAACAAGGACAAAAUCAUUAGUAACAACAGGUGAGACAAAUAAAAACCAGAUCGAUUUAUUAUUAUUUGGGGUGUUUUGAUAGAUAAUGCGCCCCGUUGAUUUUCUUUUUCCCGUUUCUUAAUUUUUGUCCAUAAAAUGUUGAGAAUUUGGAAUAUUGGAAGCAUUAAUUGUUUCAUUCUGAAUAUAACAAUUAUACAUGUUCAUCCUGUAACAUACAUGGAAGAGGCCUUUCUGUCGAUCAUGUGGCCAUUGUUUGGAUUCUGAGAAAAUAAGUGGGGUAGGUGGAAUUUGACUUUGUGUAAA